AUGCUGGAGACCGAUGCGAAACCGUCCUCGAAAUCGACCUCGAAAUCGACCGUCUUUGCCUGCGCCGCCAUGUACCCGCACCGGUCACGCCCACCCUCGACUGUCGAACUUCCAAUGCAAACGGGAGAAAAGCCGCAACCGUGGCCAGUGCGGUCCUGGCCGGUAGCUGCGCUGCGAGGAAAAUUUCUCUCUCUGGCUCCCAGGAUAACCGAUGAUUGUGCGGCUCAACGCGCAUGGGGCUACUGGCAAGCAUGGAGUCCCCCAGCAAUCCCCUCGAGACCCCGACAUCCACCCACAACUGGAGCUGGGCCGUGCUCGCUGUUUAAUCACACAAAGAGUCAGGAGUCGGUGUUGGCCGUGCAUUUCCCCAAGGCUCAAGGCGUGGGCAUGGGCAUGGGCUUCCCCGGAAUCUGA